GGCUUUGUGGACACUAUAGUCUCUGUCACAACUACACAACUCUGCCACUGUAGCACAAAAGCAGCCAUAUACUAUAGCUAAACAAAUGGGCAUGGCUGUGUUCCAUUAAAACUUUAUUUACUGCUGGGUGUGGUGGCUCAUGCCUGUAAUCCCAGCACUUUGGGAGGCCGAGGAGGGCGGAUCACGAGGUCAGGAGUUCAAGAUCAGCCUGGCCAACAUCGUGAAACCCUGUUUCUACUAAAAAUACAAAAAUUAGCCGGAUGUGGUGGCAGGCGCCUGUAAUCCCAGCUACUUGGAGGGCUGAGGCAGAUAAUUGCUUGAACCCGGGAGGUGGAGGUUGCAGUGAGCCGAGAUAGUGCCAUUGCACUCCAGCCUGGGUGACAGAGCGAGAUUCUGUCUCAAAAAAACAGAAAACAAACAAACAAAAACUUUAUUUACAAAAAUUCAGCAGGGUAAACUUGACGUGUGGGCUGCUGUUUGCAGAUGCCCUCUUUUAGGUAUAUUCCCAUCCAUUCCAUUGGUUUCCAUUUUACUUUCUCAUUUCUCAGCCAUGAACAUGCCAUUGUUUUCAGUUGCUCCAUGUGUUGGCAAGUUCCCUAAAUCCCAAUAGUAAGGCUCAGGAUCAUUUCAGCGAAAACAGGUUAAGUUUCUGCUAUAAAAACAAAUUGAAUUCUGAAACAUGGAUGAAUGUGGGAGGAAAGAGUUACCUGGAAGAGUAACUCUCACAGCUCUCUCUCAGAGCUCUCUCUCUGGGGAGAAAGAACAGUGGCAGAACCUCCUGGGUGAGAAAUCCCUGAUUCCCAAACAACUCCACCCCACAUCCCUGGCUGUCCUCCCCUCUGAGUAAUGCGGACAGCCCUUUGGGGCUGUGAUGAUUCUAUCUCCUAUGAAGCCACCUGAUGAAGCUCUGAUUUCGCCAACCACUAGCACCCAAGAAGAGCCUGGUGUGACAUAAGCUGAAUGGAAUAAUUUUAUGGGUUGAGGGGGGACUCUUUAGAAGCAUCUAACUAGCAUAUUUUGGAGAAAAAUUAGCUGAAGCAUUAGGAAAGGAAACUAUGCUGUAUGCCAAGCCCCCACCCACCAUUAGUGGUAUAAAAGGACUGCAGAGGAAGGAGAGACUCAAACCUGCCCACAUCCACCUCCAGCAGCUUACCUGCUUUUCCAUUACCUGUUCCAGCACCAUGUCUUACAGUUGUUGCCUGCCCAGCCUGGGCUGCCGCACCAGCUGCUCCUCCCGGCCCUGCGUGCCCCCCAGCUGUCAUGGCUACACCCUGCCCGGGGCCUGCAACAUCCCCGCCAAUGUGAGCAACUGCAACUGGUUCUGUGAGGGCUCCUUCAAUGGCAGCGAGAGGGAGACCAUGCAGUUCCUGAACGACCGCCUGGCCAGCUACCUGGAGAAGGUGCGUCAGCUGGAGCGGGACAACGCGGAGCUGGAGAAACUCAUCCAGGAGCGGUCCCAGCAGCAGGAGCCCUUGCUGUGCCCUAGCUACCAGUCCUACUUCAAGACCAUUGAGGAGCUCCAGCAGAAGAUUCUGUGUGCCAAGGCUGAGAAUGCCAGGCUGGUGGUGAACAUUGACAAUGCCAAGCUGGCCUCUGACGACUUCAGAAGCAAGUACCAGACGGAGCAGUCCCUGAGGCAGCUGGUGGAGUCGGACAUCAACAGCAUACGCAGGAUCCUGGAUGAGCUGACCCUCUGCAAGUCAGACCUGGAGUCCCAGGUGGAGUCCCUGAGGGAGGAGCUGAUCUGCUUGAAGAAGAACCAUGAGGAGGAGGUCAACACCCUGCGCUCCCAGCUUGGAGACCGCCUCAACGUGGAGGUGGACACUGCACCCACUGUGGACCUGAACCAGGUCCUGAACGAGACCAGGAGUCAGUAUGAGGCUCUGGUGGAAACCAACCGCAGGGAAGUGGAGCAAUGGUUCGCCACGCAGACUGAGGAGCUGAACAAGCAGGUGGUAUCCAGCUCAGAACAGCUGCAGUCCUACCAGGCGGAGAUCAUCGAGCUGAGACGCACGGUCAACGCCCUGGAGAUCGAGCUGCAGGCCCAGCACAACCUGCGAGACUCUCUGGAAAACACUCUGACAGAGAGUGAGGCCCGCUACAGCUCCCAGCUGUCCCAGGUGCAGAGACUGAUCACCAAUGUGGAGUCCCAGCUGGCAGAGAUCCGCUGUGACUUGGAGCGGCAGAACCAGGAGUAUCAGGUGCUGCUGGACGUGCGUGCCCGGCUGGAGUGUGAGAUCAACACGUACCGGAGCCUCCUGGAGAGUGAGGACUGCAAGCUCCCCUGCAACCCAUGCGCCACCACCAAUGCUAGUGGCAACUUCUGUGGACCCUGUGGCACCUCUCAAAAGGGUUGCUGUAAUUGAAAAGCUUGUAUCCUCUUUGAAGACAUCUACAAAGCCAUUUAGAUCAACCACAGGAAGGAUCCUCAAGUCCUGACUUUUCUGGAGCUCAGCUGACAUCAAGAAACCUCAUCUUGCCUCUAUGUUAUCUCUAGAAUGCUGAAAAGCUUUCCCGACCCAAGCAAAGACAUACAUCAUCAACUUCCAAUGUUGGGACAACUCCUUCCUGUUGAGGGUCGAGCCUCUUUGUUUCUAAACAUGUUCAGCUCCAUGUAAUCUGAGCUCCAGUUACUACUUUAGGGUGUUUCCUGAACGUACUACUGCAUUUCCUAUUUUCCUUUCUUCUUUGGCAUUCUCUGGAAUGCAAGGAGGAGACUUCAUUUACUUCCCAAUAAACUUAAUUUCUCUGGCAUAA